CAAACCAUUAAAGAGUCCAAGAAAUUAAGCAUGGUUCCUUUGGUGUAUGCUCUACCCACGUUACUCCUCCUCUUAUUUCUCAUCAAAUUACUCUAUAAUCGCCCCACCACCAAGACAGACCUACCACCAUCACCACCAAAACUUCCGGUGAUCGGCAACCUCCACCAGAUCACCCCACUCUUGCACCACUCCCUCCACUCUUUAUCCCAAACACAUGGCGGUCCACUCAUGCUAAUCCACCUUGGCUCCGUCCCAAUUCUAGUGGUCUCAUCAGCCGAUGCAGCCCGUGAGAUAAUGAAGACCCAAGACAUCGUAUUCGCCAACAGACCCGACGUUAAAAUGUGGCGGGUGCUCCUUUGUGACUUGAAAGAAGUCUCGGUGGCGCCUUAUGGCGAGUACUGGAGGCAGGUCAAGAGCAUCAUGACGCUUCAUUUAUUGAGUAAUAAGAAGAUCGAAGAGAAUCGCGAUAUUAGGGAAGAAGAGAUCGCGGUUAUGGUUGAGAAAAUAAAGAAUAUGGAGGUGGUGAAUUUGAGUGAUAUGUUUGUGAAGUUUACAAAUGAUGUGGUGUGUAGGGUGACGUUUGGAAGGAAGUAUAGUGAAGGGGAGAGUGGGAAGAAGUUUAGGAAGAUGUUGGGUGAGUUUUUUGAGGUGUUGGGUAGUCUUAACUUGGAGGAUUUUGUUCCUCAACUUGCAUGGGUGGAUAGGUUGAGAGGGUUUAAUGCGAAAGUCGAGCGGGUUGCUAGAGAGAUCGGUGAGUUCUUGGAUGGAAUCGUGGACGAGCGGCUUAGGAGCCAAUCGAACGCGGAUGAUGGCGGUCGAAGAGAAGACUUUGUGGAUGUAUUGCUCAAGAUCCAAAAAGAUGACAAGAUUGGAGUGACUCUAGACAGGCUGGUGAUCAAAGCACUUCUAUUGGACGCUUAUACUGCUGGAACAGACACAACAGCAACCGUAUUGGAAUGGGCAUUUACUGAACUUGUUAAACAUCCUAGGGUGCUAAAGAAAGUACAAGACGAAGUGAGGACGAUUGUUAAGGGUAAGCAACAAAUAAACCAAGAUGACAUAGGUAACAUGAAGUACUUAAAAGCUGUAUUGAAAGAAACGCUUCGUCUUCACCCACCAAUCCCAACUCUAGUUCCUCGAGUAGCGAGGCAAGAUGCUAAAGUUAUGGGUUAUGACAUUGCAAAAGGAACUAGGGUUAUCAUUAACGCAUGGGCCAUUGCGAGAGAUCCUAAAGUAUGGGAUGAUCCCAAUGAGUUUCGACCCGAGAGGUUUUUGGAUUGUACUAUUGAUUUUAAAGGUCGUGACUUUGAUUUGAUUCCAUUUGGUGCUGGAAGGAGGGGAUGUCCAGGGAUUGCUUUUGCAAUGACGACAAAUGAGAGUUUGUUGGCUAAUCUUUUGCACAAGUUUGAUUGGCAAUUGCCGAAUGGAGAAAAUGAAGAUGAUCUAGAUAUGAAUGAACAACCUGGCCUUACGAUUCGCAAAAAAGUUCCUCUUUUGGUUGUUGCAACACCAUUUUCUGUAUAACUCCCAUAUAAUAUGAAGCUAAGCAUUUCAAGUGAUCAUUGGUUGACAGUGUUUACAAGUUCUGCCAAAUCAAAUGUUAGUGAUUUUACAUAUAGUUAAUGUGGAAUAACAUAACAUAGUGAUUGUCUUUAAUUAA